AGACUCAGAGAGUAGAGGUUAUGGUUGAAUCUGAUUUUCUACAACUUGAUCAAAACACCAUCAAAAUCUUUCAAAUUAAAACUAACUAAAAUCUAAGCAUCUUGAGUAUGGAAUGGAUUCGAUGGUGUUUAGAUAUUAAACUUGACCUCAAAAAUAAUGCAGUUAUAUGAAGAUUGUGUAGAAAAGAAACAUUUGGUAGGGAGCAUGUUAAUAUAGAAAAACUAUUGCUCGGGGAAAAAAAAUCAUCUAAAAGAAGGACAAAUUCUCCCAUCCAUCCAGUCAACAAAGAAGACAUCAAAAGAGCAAGAAGGAAAGUAACUCCCCCUGAACUGCAUUUCUUGAAGAUCAGUCAGAAAGAGAAAUUCGGCAUCAUCUGUGACAGUCAGACAGUGGACGAAAAAUGCCAGUGAAAUGUUGUUUCUACAGGUCACCAGCCACAGAAGCAAUGGCGUGGUCUGAAAAUAUGGACACACUUUUAGCCAACCAAGCUGGUUUAGAUGCUUUUCGAACAUUCCUAAAAUCAGAGUUCAGCGAAGAAAAUGUUGAGUUCUGGCUUGCCUGUGAAGACUUCAAGAAAACAGAAAGUGCUGAAAAAAUUGCUUCCAAAGCCAAGAUAAUUUAUUCUGAAUUCAUUGUAGCUGAUGCCCCUAAAGAGAUUAACAUUGACUUCAGUACCAGGGACCUCAUCUCAAAGAAUAUUGCUGAACCAACAACCAAAUGCUUUGAUGAGGCUCAGAAAUUAAUCUACAGUCUCAUGGCCAAGGAUUCUUUUCCUCGCUUUCUAAAGUCAGAGAUUUAUAAGAAACUGGUAAAUAGCCAACAGGUUGGAAAUCAUAAAAAGUGGCUCCCUUUCUUGUGAAGAAGGUAAAAUGAUAACCUAGUCACUAUAUUUCAAGGCUAAAUGUUUAAGUGUACGAUCACAAUACUAAUUAUUUUAGGCUUUAGAAUACAUUUUUAUUCCAACAGAAUAUUUUUAUACACCAAACCUAAAUUUCUAAGUCAUUUGUUUAGAACCUAGUCAUUUUAUCAGGUACUUAAAAAUCUCCUACUAGAGAGUACAGAGUUUAUAAUGAUAAAUAUAUUUUAAAAAUCCUAAUACUUUUAUGGCAUUAUAAUUUCAAGAAACUAUAUAUCUGUUGCAGAGUAAGAGUCUGUUAAACACCAUAUCCAUGGUUUUAAAUGCCAUUUGCAUUAUUCAAAAACCUCACUUCUAUAAAAAGUGAAAAUUUGGACCAAAACACAACCUUCCAUUUUGUGAAUUUGUUUUCUUUCAACUAUUCUUACCUAUUUCUUAUAAUGUAAUGGUCAUCUAAACAUCUAUGGCUCUCAAAGUACUUAAAAAGAAUUAUAAGAAUGUAUGCAGAAUUACAGGUAUGUCCAAUAGCACUAGGAGCCAAAGCUUUUCAAAAUACAUUCCUUGGAUCAACUUAAUGGCAUUAUAUAGGCUUUUGUAUGCAAAGAGGUUUGAGAGUGAAUAUUCACUUUUUCAUUUUAAUAGGAAUAUAAAAGAAAAAAAGUACAAUAAAGAGCAUGGACAAAUCCUUGUAUGGUGAACAAUGUAGCCCAUUCUUAAAUUUUUAAAAUGAUGUUUUUAAUUUAAAAAUCAAAAAUUUUUAAAACUGCAACAUCAUUUAUUCAAUUGUGGAGCUAAGUACCUAUUCACUCAUUCAGCACUGGAACUUGUUCACAAAACUAAAAUUUUAAAAUUUUUAUUUUAAGGUUUUCCUAAAAUUGUUCAUUUAUAUAAAUGUCCCAUAUGAGUAUGGAUAACUUCCUGUUGAUAUAAGAAGCUAUAAAAAAAUCAACAGA